AUGGGGGCACACAUUGCCUUGAAAGCCUUUGGCGGGGCCUCAGGGCCAGAGACAUCACCACCGCCUCCAGCUGGACCAGACAGCACAUCAUCCGCAAAUGCAGGCUUUCAACCCAACGCCCUCGACAUGCUAAUCCCAGGAUUCUCCUUCUUCACUGCAGCCGUUCAGCGUUACCUGCACGUAGACCUGAACGUCUACAUCCCGCUUUUUGUUACUCUGGCUGCAAUCGUACUCGGCUGGCAGUACCUGAGUGAUUGGUUCUGGUCCAAGAUGGACUCGUACCUCAUGUCAAAGUGUUCUCUGCGCACCGACGACGAGGCCUACAACUACGUGAUGGCCUGGGUAGCCAAGCAGCAGUUCUCUCAAAAGUCGCGCCGCUUCAUCGUCAACACAAACACCAACUCGAGGAACUAUUUCAUCUGGAACUGGAACGACGAUCAGAAGGAGGAGGAGGACGAAUCCGACCCGGACAUGACCCGGAAGCCCUUGGCUUACACUCCAGACUACGGCGCACACUACUUCUUUUACAAGCGCACUCUUCUCUGCUUCCUUCGGUCCCAGGGUCGGGAGAAUCCUUACUCCCUUCCCAGCGAAAAGGAGGAGAUCUACAUCAGCUGCUUCGGCCGCAACCCGGCCAUCCUCAAGGACCUUCUCAACGAGGCCCGCGACGUCUACCUCAAGCGCGACGAGAAGAAGACGGCCAUCUACCGCGGCACCGUGUCCAAGGGCGCCUCGUCCGAGCCCACCUGGAGCCGCUGCAUGGCCCGGACCUCGCGCCCCUUUUCGACCGUCAUCCUGAACGAAAAGGUCAAGCAGGACCUCAUCGACGACGUCACCGACUACCUGGACCCGGCCACCCGCCGCUGGUACUCGAACCGCGGCAUCCCCUACCGCAGGGGCUACCUCCUCCACGGUCCUCCUGGCACCGGCAAGUCCAGCUUGAGCCUGGCCCUGGCCGGCUUCUUCAAGAUGCGCAUCUACAUUGUGAGCCUGAGCUCGGUCAACGCCAACGAGGAGACCCUCGCCACCCUCUUUGCCGAGCUGCCCCGCCGCUGCGUCGUGCUCCUCGAGGACAUCGACUCGGCCGGUCUCAGCCACACGCGCGAGGGGCCAGGUUCCGCCGCCGUCGCUCCCGCACCCGCCGACGCCGACGAGAUGGUACCCGGUCAGUUGACCCCCGGCCUGCCAAGCGCCGCGACCAACAGCCGCAUCUCCCUGUCUGGCCUGCUCAACAUCCUAGACGGCGUCGCGUCGCAGGAGGGCAGGGUGCUGAUCAUGACGACCAACCACAUCGAGAAGCUCGACAAGGCGCUCAUCCGCCCGGGCCGCGUCGACAUGAUUGUGCACUUUGGCCGCGCCGACCGCGCCAUGAUCGCCUCCAUCUUCAAGGCCAUCUAUGCGCCGCUCGAGGGGGACGAGGGCCCCGAGGCCAAGAAGACGUCGGCCACGUUGGCCACCAUCGGCAAGGACGACAGGGAUGAGGCGGCCAGGGCGGCGGCAGCGGAGAAGGAGAAGCUGGAGGCGACCAGGCGGGCCGAGGAGACGCUCGCGAGGAUCGAGACGCUGGCGGCUCAGUUUGCGGACCGCAUCCCGGCGCACGAGUUCAGCCCCGCCGAGCUGCAGGGUUACCUGAUGAAGCACAAGCGGGACGCCGAGGCGGCGGUGGCCGGGGCGGAGGAGUGGGUCGUGGCGGCGCGCAAGGAGAAGGCGGAGAAGGAGGUCGAAGAGGCCAAGGAGAGGCGACGAAAGGAGGAGGAGGGGAAGGAAGAGGCCGACAAGAAGAAGCGCAAGGAGGAGCGCAAGAAGAACAAGACGAAGCGCGCCAAGAAGGCGGCGGUGGCGUCCAAGCAGGAGGAUAGCGGCGACAGCUCCGGCUCCGACACGGCCGAGCCGGGCGAUGGCGGUGGUAGGUCGGAUGAUAGCUCGGACGAGGAGGAGGAGGAGGAGGCGAGCAGCAAGAUGAGGGGGAAGAGUCGAGGUGCGAGGCGGAGAAGGAAGGCGGGCAAGAAGGCCAAGGUCCAGGAGGAUGAGGGUGAGGGUUCUGAGGAUCAGGAGGCUGCCCGUUUGAGCAAGACCGAGGAGCCGAAGCAGCAGAGAGAGCUGCUGCCGUCGGUUCCUGCGAUCAAGCUGGGACAGAAUCAGGAUGAUGCCAAACCUCCGCGGUCUCCUGUUGGGGGAGACUCGGGCUACGAAACUUGUUGA